AGGAGGAGAAAGAGGAGGAGGAGGAGGUGAACAACUUACCCUGCUGAGCUUUGGGGAAUACGCGCAUCAAGAUUUAGAUCUGCAGGUAAAAUCUACACAAAAUAUCUGCCACUACAGGUCUGACUCUCCUCCCCCUACCACUGUUUUUUUUUCCCUUUCCGUUUUCUCUGCUGUGUCAGAAAGACCAAGACAGAACUAUCUCUGUUUCUGGCCCCACUGCCAGUGAAGGAGUUUUCAUUCAGACUUUCCGAGCAGAGGUAAAGAAACCUAAAGACUCCGGAGAAGAAGAGGUCCUUUGAGCCAGAAGGAGCAUUAGUUCUGCUUUUCUCAGCAUGGAUCAACCCUUUCCUCAAGAAUUUUCUGAUGUGCCCUAAGGUCCAUUCAACUACAAGGGCUCUUGACCACCGUAAGUGCCACCCUGACCCAAAACCACUCAGAUAUCAAGAAUCAAGGCAAAAUGGAUGCUGCAGUGACCGAAGAUUUUCAACAAAUUCUGCCUAUUGAACAGCUGCGCUCUACUCAUGCUAGCAAUGAUUAUGUGGAGCGGCCUCCAGCCCCCUGUAAACAGGCCGUCUCCAGCCCGUCCCUUAUUGUGCAAACCCACAAAUCUGAUUGGUCUCUGGCUACCAUGCCUACUGCUCUCCCCCGCAGUCUCAGCCAGUGCCAUCAAUUGCAGCCCUUGCCUCAGCAUCUGAGCCAGUCUAGCAUUGCCAGCUCAAUGUCCCAUAGCACCACUGCCUCUGAUCAAAGGCUCUUGGCCAGCAUUACGCCCUCAUCUUCAGGCCAGUCCAUCAUCAGAACCCAGCCUGGAGCAGGGGCCCACCCAAAGGCUGAUGGUGCUCUGAAGGGAGAAGCUGAGCAAUCUGCAGUGCACCCUAAUGAGCACCUCUUCAUCUGCGAGGAAUGUGGGCGCUGUAAAUGUGUCCUCUGCACAGCAGCUCGCCCUCUCCCCUCCUGCUGGCUGUGCAACCAGCGUUGCCUUUGCUCUGCUGAGAGCCUCCUCGAUUAUGGCACCUGUCUCUGCUGCGUUAAGGGCCUCUUCUACCACUGCUCCACUGAUGAUGAAGACAACUGCGCUGAUGAGCCCUGCUCCUGUGGGCCUAGCUCUUGCUUCGUCCGCUGGGCAGCCAUGAGCCUCAUCUCCCUCUUCCUACCCUGCCUGUGCUGCUACCUGCCUACCCGUGGAUGCCUCCAUCUGUGCCAGCGGGGCUACGACAGCCUCAGGCGCCCAGGCUGCCGCUGUAAGAGGCACACCAACACUGUGUGCAGAAAAAUCUCUUCUGGCAGUGCGCCUUUCCCCAAGGCCCAGGAAAAGUCUGUAUGACCUUCCCAUGAAAUGGAUCCAGAGCUUUCUCCUUCUAGCCCCCAUCAGUAAGCUUCACCUUUGAAAGGGGGAGUAUAGAGAAGGAGUAAAGUAGCCAAAGUUAGGGUUUCACCAAUUUUGUUCCUGCAGUAUCAAGGGAAUGGCUGAGUACAUCCUAGUGGGAGAUGCCUUGUUCUUUUUCACAGUAUCUAGCCCACUCCCCUGUAACCUUUUUUCCUCCCUGCCACCUCAGCCCUCAUGACUGUCAAGGCAAAUUCAGGUGAUACUUAGGCAUGAGAUUUGGACACUGAGGACUGACAGAGCCAGCAACGUGGAGGUUUAGGGGCUCCCCAGUGAAAUGCCUCUCGAUGCAGGCUCUGAGAGUCACUCUGCUUUCCACAGUGCCUUUGGAAGCUUUCUUCUAAGAUGGUUUUCAUUGGUUCACGUGGAAGAACAUUCGCUAUUGCAGGGAAUUUGACCCCUUAUCCCUGUUAUCUACCCUUCUUUUCCUGAGUCUUCUCUUUCCCUCUUUCCUCUUUGUUCUUUGCUUGAUUUUGUAAUGCUUGCCCUUGAAUCCUCACCCUAUUUCUACUUUUACUGUGUUUUCUUUCGUUUUAUCUUCCCACUUACUUCUUCUCACUUCCUCUCCUGAACAAAUCCUUUGCCUGUAUUUCUAUCGUGUUUGAUCAAGCUUUGUUUCUCUUCUUGUCCCUGUUUCUAUAAGAUGUCCAAAAGUGCUGUUUUUCCAUAGGUGUCGCCUUUAACACAAAACUUUGCUAUGCUCUAUACUAUUUACCAAUUUUAUUAAGGGAAGUGGAAUACUGAAAUGAACUGAUCACUAGCAAUAGUCUGUAUCCUGAUGUGUGUGUGCACUCAGAACCACACUUACUCGUUUGUGAGUGUAUGAGGCAAAGUUAUCUUAUAUUUCCAGGUUGAAUUAGUUGGAGUUUUACUCAUUUUCCCAGUAAUCUACAUAGUACUGGCAGGUUCCACUAGCAUGCUGAGUAGGAUAGUAACUUUGUAUGUCUGACCCAAGUGCCAAAGGCAGACGUGCUUUAUAGCUAAAUGAACAAAGCAAAGGAUAUUACAGAGGUCUGUUCACUCUUAGAAGCUAACUGCCCUGAGACUGCAUGGCUCAGGCCUUAAUAAUGGAUGUAAAAGUCAUAAAACUUUAGAGCUGGAAGGAAUCCUGACUGUUAAUCUAGUUCAAUGUCCUUAUUUUAACAGAUGGGAAAACUGAGGCCUGGAGAUAGGAAAGGAUUUGCCCAAGGCCACACACUGAGUUAAUAGCAGAGUUGGGACUGGAAUACAGGUCUUCUGAUUCCUGUUUCAGUAUUUACCCUGCACCACAUUAAGUUAUGGGACUUUUUUCCUAGGACUCUAUUAGCAGUGAAAGAAAGCCAUUCCUGUUCAAUUUCUCUUCAGGAACCAUGCCAAGUUAGUGUGGUGGUCUUUAUACUGUGCAUGGUGGGUAGCUAAUUAACUAUCAGAUGUUGAGGCUGCCCCCACCCCCGUGGAUAUCACCUUUGGCUCUGUCACCUUGUAGAAGCUCAAGUAUGGAAAAGAAACGCUUAAGGAAGCCCUAACCAAGCUGUAUCUUCGCCAUUGCACCUACUCUUUGCUGCAUAUACACUGUGCUUGCUACUGGCUUUGUCUACAGUGGCAGUUGCCUAAGAACCUAAAUUUCAACAACAGUGAAAAACUGAGAUCAAAGAUGUAUAAUGCAAAGAACUGACUUUUCUUUUAAAAAUAUAAAUAAACACCAAGAGCCUGGGCUGUGAAUCUCCUCCAAUGGAAAAGGCUACAGUGGUAAAGGCAGGCUCCUAAAGACUGCUGCUAAAAGACACAAGAAUUAGAUCCAGUUCCUCUCUGUAAGUGGAUCCUACAUUCACUUAAGGGAUCCAGAGAUUGAAAGCACUUGCUUGGAAUCAAAGUGCUCUGACUUAGUUUCAGACUUCCAGACUCGAACUCUAUGUAUCAUCUCUUAAAAGUGUGCAUGGAUGUAUAUUGCAGGGUGGAGAGGGGGGGAGAAAUAUAGUCACACCCAGGGGGAGGAAGAAGGUACACCCAUGUCCUUUUGUUGGAUAUAUACUAUAGAAAUAUGUGCCACUCAGUCUUUGUUGGUUCUGAAUCUUCCUGCAGUGUAUUGACAUUUGGGCUGCACACAGCCCCACAACUUCACCUACACCUCCUCUUCUAGAGUUGCUUUGCUCUAUUUUUGUAUAUAUAAAUAUGUUAUGAUGAUUAUUCAUAAUGUUAAUUAUAUUGCUGCAAAUGGUGCCAUAUAUAAGGUUUGGCUUCUUGGAACAUUUAUAAACCCAGACCAAUACCUGUAACCUCUUAUGUUGCUUUCAGAUCCUUCCAUUUUAAGUAACUUUUCUUUGAAUCUCGCAAGUUUGCCUGAUUGAACUUUGAACUUACCUAUCCCUAAAAGCUGCACCCAGUUCUCUGGACCAAGCUGGAUGGUGAUGAGUAGCAACACACACUUCUCCCUGCUUCUGCCUGAAAUUUGCUUAUAGCUGACUUAUAUAGAGAUUUUAUGACACUAGUGCAUUGAAGCUAAAGUUAUUCUAUAGAUGUUUGCUUAUUAGUUUCAGGACCCAAAAUAACAGUUUCCUCCUCCUUGCUAUCUCCUUGAUAUCCCAAUCCUGCAGUCCUUACUCAGGCAAAUUGUACACUGCCAGAAGGGCCCUGGGCUCUGCCAUAUACCCAGAGAAGCUCUUCUCAGUGUAUUUCUAAAUGGCCUUACACUUGGUAGAAGAAACUGAAGGGUUACUCAACUGCAGUUGCAAUCUGCAAUCUGCUGCUGAGUCAGAGCUUUCACUUGUGUUCAAGUUGGCCUGAUAUGGACUGCAUCUGGUUUACGUAUAGAUGGGUCCUGUUGGGGUAUGCGCACCAAUGUGUCAGUGUGUGUGCAUAUGUAUCCCUUCUGUGAGGUAUACAUAUAUAUGUAUAUCCAGAUACAUAUAUAUGUAUACAUAUAUGUAUGUAAAUAUAUAUUCACACAUCUCUAUAUAUUUUAAUGUAUUGCACAUGUAUAUUUAAAAUAUAUACGAAAGAACUCUAAAUCCUGCA